GGGGAGAGAACCCCCUGGAACUCCGGGGACCGAGAACUCCCAACCGAGAAAAGCCCGGGGAGAGGGAGGAACGAGGGAAGUUCUGAUUAAGACGCCAACCCUGCCCUCUGGACUUGAUGGCGGGUGGACUUCCUCCUUUUUUGCUUUGAUUGAUCCCUUUCUUUAAAAGGGUCUUUCCUUGGUCUCCGGGUUGCUUUUAAUACUUAAAAUCAACACACGUGUAGAGGAGUCCAUGUACCCUGGAUAUGGUCCACGGGACUGUCCUCUCCGCUCCAUCUGCAGAGCGCCCUGCAGCAGAGAGCUGGCGAAGGCGAGACAAAGGAGACUCCGCCAUGACCACAGUGGAGAAGAGACACAGUCUGGAUCAGAGCUCUGGGAUCCAAGUGUUGAACCGAGUGCUCCAAGGUGAUCCUCGUGACCUAGCAAAUUUGAGAAACUGUGCAGUUGGGGAAUCAGGAAGUGGGAUGGGACUGAAAGCAGUGGCGGAGCUAGACUUGAAGAGGAGGAAUAUCACUGCAGAACGUACUAAACACAGCAAUUUUCUGGAAUCUAAGGGAUGCUUUGCCAACACAACAUCCUCCGGCAGAAAGGUCAGCCACUCAUCUUCUGUUGAAACAUGUCUUAGUGUGAGCGAGCCUCCAGGCCUCUGCAAAGUGUCUGCUCACUUAGACCUGGCUGCAGAUUUGGAUCUGAAAUCCUCCUCCUCACAUUCUGAUCACUCCUCUGAAACCUCAUUGCCUGAAGUGCCAAAGGAUAAAUAUCGUGAGGAGUUCAGUCUGCUUAAAUUGCAGACAAAAGAUGGGCAGCGUCCAGAAUGGACAUUUUACCCAAGAUUUAGCAGCAAUAUCCACACCUACCAUGUUGGAAAGCAGUGUUUCUUUAACGGGCUCUUCCUCGGCAACAGGAGGUCUCUGUCAGAGAGAAUGGUGGACAAGUGCUUUGGGAGGAAGAAAUACGAUAUUGAUCCUAGGAAUGGAAUACCAAAGUUAACUCCAGGAGAUAAUCCAUAUAUGUACCCAGAACAGAGUAAAGACUUCCACAAAGCAGGAUCAACUCUCCCACCAGUGAAUUUCUCCAUAGUGCCUUAUGAAAAGAAAUAUGAUACAUUUAUUCCACUAGAGCCUCUUCCACAAAUUCCUACCUUGCCUUUCUGGGUGAAGGAGAAGGCCAACAGGCUGAAGCAUGAGAUAAGGGAGGUGGAGGAGCUUGAUAACUGGCAACCAGCGUCCCCCUUGGUGCACAGUUUAUAUCCUCCUGGUGGGUUAAAGAACCUUCAAAGAACAGUAUAAAAACUGGAGGCAAGCCUGGAAGAGAAGGCCUUUGAGAGGCUUCACAGUGGAGAGGAGAGAAGGCGAAGCCUCUCCCAGAGUGGAUGGUGUCCUUGCCCCAACGUGGUCCCUUGGGCUGAUGUCACGGCCACGCAUCACUGGUUCAGUGUGUUGGUUGAGCACUGGUAAUCUUAUAACAGAGCACAGCCUUUAACUCCGUGCCUCUAUCCACAGGUUCUCUGGAUUCCGCAAGACAGUCCUGAACAGAAACAGGUCCGUAGAACCCAUACUGACUGUAGUCAGGAGAGCCUCUCCGAUCGAUCGCUUCUGUCAGUGUGACUGCUCUAGGUCAAACGUUUGACUUUGAUGAGUAAUCACCAUGCUGUGCUCUUUUUAACUUUAUAUUUUGAAAACUUUCAAACUUACAGAGAAGUUGUGAGACUCAUUCAAUGAACAAAUCCCCAUAUAUCCUUCAUCCAGAAUCUACAACUGUUAACAUUUGUCAAACUUGGUGCCUUCUCUCUCUUUUGUUAUUCUUAUUGUUUUGUGGAAUUAUUUGAGAAUGAGUGGCCGCCAUCAUAGUCCUUUACUAUAUAAUUUAACAUGUAUCUCCUGAGGUCAAGGAUCUUCUCCAAUGGUUGCCAUACAAGUAUCGAAUUCAGAGAACUUAACACUGAUGCAAUUCUACUGGUAGACGGCCCACCUUCAGUUUUAUUCAGUUAAAUUUAGUUUUUGAAGGAUACUCUCAAAUCAUUGGUAAGAUGCAGGCAUGAGGCUUUCAUUAAUUUGGUAAAAUUGUUCUCAUUAAUACUAUUUUGAGAUUUUCUCUACUAUUUGCUUGGUACAUGUCAGAAUAAUGUGAAGGCUGGAUCUCCAAAGGUCAUUCAUACCAUUGUUCUCCAUCGCCGUUCUCCACUUUUGUAGCGUUUGUCCACAUGGCCACGCAGGACAAGAGCUCCAUGAGGACCAGUCCUGAGUCUUAGGGCCUUUCCUCAAUGAGGCAAGAAGCAAAUAUAUGGAGAAAAAGAUGGGAACAAAAGCCAACUGUAUACAGUCAGGCCAGGCUGUCACUCUCUGCUGUCAAGCCAAUGACUCAGCAUCUUUUUUUUUUUUUAAGAUCUUAUUUAUUUAUUUGACAGAAGGAGAGAGAGAGAUCACAAGUGGGCAGAGAGGCAGGCAGA